GCGGCGGCGGCCAUGGCCCUGAACAGGAACCACUCGGAGGGCGGCGGCGUCAUCGUUAACAACAGCGAGAAUGUUUUGAUGACCUAUGAUCACAUAGAAAUUACCUUCAGUGAUAUCGAACCUAUGCCAGACGCCUUCAAAGGGACCAAGAAAGGGAGUGUUUUCUUGACUCCCUACCGAGUUAUCUUCGUCUCGAAGGGAAAGGAUGCUAUGCAGUCUUUCAUGAUGCCCUUUUAUUUGUUGAAAGAUUGCGAGAUUAAGCAGCCUGUCUUUGGAGCAAAUUAUAUCAAGGGUACAGUGAAAGCAGAGGCAGGAGGUGGCUGGGAAGGAUCCGCCACGUUCAAGAUGAGCUUUUCAGCUGGGGGCGCAAUCGAGUUCGGGCAGCGUAUGCUGCAGGUGGCUUCGCAAGUCUCCAGAGGUGAAAUACCCAACGGAGCUUACGGCUAUUCCUACAUGCCAAAUGGAUCCUAUGCUUUCACACCAGCUGCAGCUAACGGGGGCUAUCCGUACCCACCACCUCCUCCUGAGUUUUAUCCUGGUCCUCCUGUGGUGGAUGGAGACAUGGGUUACAUGCAGCUUCCACCCCCGCCGUACCCAGGGCCCAUGGAACCCCCUGUCAGCGGUCCAGACCUGCCCGCCACUCCCGCAGCUGAAGCGAAGGCUGCUGAAGCUGCUGCCAGUGCUUACUACAGCCCAGUCAACCCACAUAACGUCUAUAUGCCCACGGACCAGCCACCCCCUCCUCCGUACUUCCCACCAGAGGACAAGAAAAACCAAUAAGCUAACACAGAACUUCUCCACAACUCAUUGCUUUCUUACUUCCCAUUUUGGCAGAAUCUUGGGGCAUGGUCCAUAGCACUGAGGAGUAGAGCCUUCCCCCAAGGCGCAUAGCUUUCAUGGACUCUAGUGGUAGAUAUGUGCAGAGCAAGGGGAGAGAUUUCAGCAGCCUGGCUUACCUCGUAGAGCUCUGAGGGUUUGCUGCCCUACCGCAGUAUUCCCUUCUCCCUGCGCGCGGCAUCGCUACAACUGGAGGUUCUCUUCAUCUGUGAUUUUCCCUUACGUCUGUUUCUUUUGAUACUUAAAUUAUACCUCUUUAGAGUAAGCAACUGCUCCAAACAGGUAAUUAAUGUGCUCAUAACAUGGAAACAAGGCUCUUGG